AAAAGUCUCCCCAACAGCUAGCAAUAGUGCAGUCAUAAAACCACCCCCUUUUUCCUUUCCAGCUCUUUCUUGAGCAGUGUUGCUAGGACAAUGAAUUGUAUCAUUAAGAUCCUACUGAUGCCUGAAAAAGAAGAGAGAAAAGAAUUUCUAGUGUAAAAUCAUGCAGAGGAAGUAAUUCCUUCUUUCACAUAAGAAUAUUUAACUCACUAAAGGUGAGUGGAAUAAAAAGAGUAGCAUCUAUUUUUUGUGCAGCUGCUGCACUUUGAGUGUUUUUUUCCUAUAAAAUGUGAUCCUGAAGAUGCAACGUUUUUGUUGUUUCGCUUUCUUUUGUUUUUAUGAUAUUCAAUUCAAUAAGUUUAUUUUCCCAGUCUCAGCUUUGCCCACGUAUUAUUGUCCAUUUAGAUAACUAAGAAGCUGAUCUUAUUAAAAGCAGACCAUUCCCUGACCAAGACCCAUUGGCAACGUAAAUUGAAUUUCAAGAGACCAAGGGCUGAGUUCUGAGGGCCGAAUUCUGAGGGCUCAGUUCUAAGGACUGAUUUCUGAGAGUCGAGUUUUGAGUUCUGAGGAUUUAGGGCUGAAUUGUGGUUCGGAGUUCUGAGGGCUGACUGAGGAGUUCUGAGGGUUGAUUUCAGAGUUUUGAGGGCCGAGUUCUGACAGCUGAUUUCGGCGUUCUGAGGGCUGAUUUGGGAGCUCCAUGCGCAGAUUCCGUAGGUCCGAGGGCAGAUUUGAGAGUUCCGAGGGCUGAUUUGAGAGUUGCAAGGAUUUGGUAGCUCCGAGAACAGAUUUGUCAGCUCCGAGGUCGCCGCGGAGCCGCCGCCCCCGGGAGGCGCUGCUCCGGCGGCGCGAAGGGAGGCGCGAUGGGCGGUGCGUCCCGCGGACGUCUGGCAAGAUGGCGGCGCCCCCGGACAUGGAGCUUUCCCCGAGCCUCAGCCUGGAGCUGCUCCCCACAGACCCGCUGCUGCUCAUCCUCAGCUUCCUCGACUACCGGGAUCUGGUGAGUUGCUGCUAUUUGAAUCGAAGAUUAAAUCAGCUAUCAAACCAUGACCCACUGUGGAAAAGACACUGCAAAAAAUACUGGCUCAUUUCAGAGGAGGAAAAAAGCCGACGGAAUCAGGGCUGGAGAGCCAUCUUCAUCAGCACCUACUCUGAUUUAGGAAGAUACAUCCACUACUAUGCCACGUUGAAAAAAGCCUGGGAUGACCUGAAGCAAUACUUGGGGCAGUGGUGUCCACGCAUGAUCAGCUCUUUAAAAGAGAGUGUGAGGGAGGAAGAUCUGGAUGCUGUGGAAGCACAAAUCCGCUGCAAACUCCCCGAUGACUAUCGGUGUUCAUUCCGUAUCCAUAAUGGGCAGAAGUUGGUUGUUCCAGGUCUGAUGGGUAGCAUGGCCCUGUCGAACCACUACCGCUCUGAAGACCUGCUGGACAUCGACACGGCAGCUGGAGGCUUCCAGCAGAGGCUGGGACUCAAGCAGUGCCUGCCCCUGACCUUCUGCAUCCACACUGGCCUCAGUCAAUACAUGGCCCUGGAGAGUGUGGAGGGACGAAAUAAAUACGAGAUCUUCUAUCAAUGUCCAGACCAAAUGGCUCGCAAUCCAUCUGCUAUUGUUAUGUUCAUUACAGGUACAUCUUACUUGGAAUGGUUUACAUCCUAUGUAAACAAAGUUGUCACUGGAGGUUAUCCUAUCAUCAGAGACCAGAUUUUCAGGUAUGUGCAUGAUAAAGAUUGUGUCGCUACCACAGAAGAUAUCACUGUGUCUGUGUCCACCUCUUUUCUACCUGAACUCAGUUCUGUACAUCCACCACAUUAUUUCUUCACUUACAGAAUCAGAAUUGAAAUGUCCAAAGAUGCCCUUCCUGAGAAUACCUGUCAGCUGGAGAGUCGAUACUGGAGAAUAACAAAUGCCAAAGGUGAUGUGGAGGAAGUACAAGGUCCUGGAGUAGUUGGAGAGUUCCCAGUUAUCAGCCCAGGGAAAGUCUACGAGUACACCAGCUGUACCACGUUUUCCACAACUUCUGGAUACAUGGAGGGCUACUACACCUUCCACUGCCUCUACAACAAGGACAGAUUCUUUAACGUCACAAUCCCUAGGUUUCAUAUGGUGUGUCCAAUGUUCAAGGUGUCUACAGCAUGAAUGGCAACAAAUCCUAAUGAGUCUGCAGUGGAUGAAGACCAGGAUUCCACAGGCGCUGAUGACUGCCGAGAUCCACGUAGAGUGUUGGACAUUCCUGCACCCUCUGGAUGCUGCCCAUGUCACACUAGUGGGAUUUUUUCCCAAACAACCUGUUUGCAUAAGCUGAACUCUUUGGGGCUAGUGCAUAGGAAUAUUUCUGACUGUUGUAAAUGAACUCUGUUGCACAUCAGGGCAACUAGCAUGAAUGUUGGUGCCAGUUCUCAUAUUCAUUAGAGUAUAACUUCUGUUUCACUGGUUUGGAAGUGGGGGAAGAGGGAGGAAAACAGAGGGAGGAAGAGGAAGGUGUUUGGGCUUUGUUCACUUUUUCCUGAAGUGUGAAACAGUUUGAUAGUCCAAGGUACUCAUAUCUUACAUUUUUAAAGUAUUGCCUAUUUAUGAUCAUACUGCAAAUAUGGUGUGGGUAUUUGGUUUUAUACAAAGCAUUAAAAGGGUGUAUCCUGUUGUCCUUUCUCGUGAGUUUCUGCUCUGGAUAACUGCUGCUAAGAAUGAAACUUGCAGUUUGGUCUGAAUAUCCCAUUUGGGUGAGAUUAGGUGCUGUUCUGCUUUUUAAUUAUUUUUUUUUAAUUAACAUAGUAACAGCAAAAAAUUCUGAUCUUCAAAAUGUAUAAAUUAGGAGUGAAACUGGCCUUAUUUUUAGACAAUCUGUUUGUCAGCUGGAUUUUAUGCUAAGUGACUCUGACUGGAGAAUGCCUCUGGGAAUGUAGUGUCCAUGCAUAAUCUGCCAUUCGUUAACUAAGGAAUUUCUCAAUGACUGCAGAGUAUGGAUUUGUAAAUAUGUUUUGAGGGUUUUUUUCCGUUACAUGAUGUUUGCUGUUGUCAUAGGUGACAAAUCUAUGUUAUGUAUCAUGUUUUCCUGAGCCCUGGAUGAAUUUUUGUAAUUGAAUACAAAAUAAAAGGAAAAAAAAAGGGGGACACUGGCAGAACAGCAGAUGACUAAAAAAAUUAUAUUUAAAGAAGUAUCUGUUUGCUUUAUCUUUUUUGGUUUUGGUAUUUUUUUGGUUUAUUUUUUUGUCAUUAAUAAACAACUUGACUGCCUGUUGUGUUC